AUGCAACUGACCCCUCCUGCAUUCCAUCAUCCCGCCCCAUUCUCCCGCUUUCCAUCACCCCCCUCCAUUCUCCCGCUUUCCAUCGCCCCGCUCCAUUCUCCCGCUUUCCAUCACCCCGCCCCAUUCUCCCGCUUUCCAUCACCCCGCCCCAUUCUGCCUCUUCCCAUCGCCCCGCCCCAUUCUCUCUCUUUCCAUCACCCCACCCCAUUCUCUCGCUUUCCAUCACCCCGCCUCAUUCUCCCUCUUUCCAUCGCCCCGCCCCAUUCUCCCGCUUUCCAUCGCCCGCCCCAUUCUCCCUCUUCCCAUCACCCAACCCCAUUCUCCCUCUUUCCAUCACCCAGCCCCAUUCUCCCUCUUUCCAUCACCCCGCCCCAUUCUCCCUCUUUCCAUCACCCCGCCCCAUUCUCCCUCUUUCCAUCACCCUGCCCCAUUCUCCCUCUUUCCAUCACCCCGCCCCAUUCUCCCGCUUUCCAUCACCUCGCCCCAUUCCCCCUCUUUCGAUCGCCCCGCUUCAUUCUCCCUAUUUCCUUCACCCCGCCCCAUUCUCCCGCUUUCCAUCACCCCGCCCCAUUCUCCCUCUUUCCAUCGCCCCGCCCCAUUCUCCCUCUUUCCAUCACCAAGCCCCAUUCUCCCUCUUUCCAUCACCCAACCCCAUUCUCCCUCUUUCCAUCACCCCGCCCCAUUCUCCCUCUUUCCAUCACCCCGCCCCAUUCUCCCUCUUUCCAUCACCCCGCCCCGUUCUCUCGCUUUCCAUCGCCCCGUCCCAUUCUCCCUCUUUCUAUUGCCCCGCCCCAUUCUCCCGCUUUCCAUCACCCCGCCCUAUUCUCUAUCUUUCCAUCACCCCGCCCCGUUCUCCCUCUUUCCAUUACCCCGCCCCGUUCUCCCGCUUUCCAUCACCCCGCCCCAUUCUCCCGCUUUCGAUCACCCCGCCCCAUUCUCCUGCAUUCCAUCAUCCCGCCCCAUUCUCCCGCUUUCCAUCACCCCCCUCCAUUCUCCCGCUUUCCAUCGCCCCGCUCCAUUCUCCCGCUUUCCAUCACCCCGCCCCAUUCUCCCGCUUUCCAUCACCCCGCCCCAUUCUGCCUCUUCCCAUCGCCCCGCCCCAUUCUCUCUCUUUCCAUCACCCCACCCCAUUCUCUCGCUUUCCAUCACCCCGCCUCAUUCUCCCUCUUUCCAUCGCCCCGCCCCAUUCUCCCGCUUUCCAUCGCCCGCCCCAUUCUCCCUCUUCCCAUCACCCAACCCCAUUCUCCCUCUUUCCAUCACCCAGCCCCAUUCUCCCUCUUUCCAUCACCCCGCCCCAUUCUCCCUCUUUCCAUCACCCCGCCCCAUUCUCCCUCUUUCCAUCACCCUGCCCCAUUCUCCCUCUUUCCAUCACCCCGCCCCAUUCUCCCGCUUUCCAUCACCUCGCCCCAUUCCCCCUCUUUCGAUCGCCCCGCUUCAUUCUCCCUAUUUCCUUCACCCCGCCCCAUUCUCCCGCUUUCCAUCACCCCGCCCCAUUCUCCCUCUUUCCAUCGCCCCGCCCCAUUCUCCCUCUUUCCAUCACCAAGCCCCAUUCUCCCUCUUUCCAUCACCCAACCCCAUUCUCCCUCUUUCCAUCACCCCGCCCCAUUCUCCCUCUUUCCAUCACCCCGCCCCAUUCUCCCUCUUUCCAUCACCCCGCCCCGUUCUCUCGCUUUCCAUCGCCCCGUCCCAUUCUCCCUCUUUCUAUUGCCCCGCCCCAUUCUCCCGCUUUCCAUCACCCCGCCCUAUUCUCUAUCUUUCCAUCACCCCGCCCCGUUCUCCCUCUUUCCAUUACCCCGCCCCGUUCUCCCGCUUUCCAUCACCCCGCCCCAUUCUCCCGCUUUCGAUCACCCCGCCCCAUUCUCCCGCAUUCCAUCAUCCCGCCCCAUUCUCCCGCUUUCCAUCACCCCCCUCCAUUCUCCCGCUUUCCAUCGCCCCGCUCCAUUCUCCCGCUUUCCAUCACCCCGCCGCAUUCUCCCUCUUUCCAUCGCCCCGCCCCAUUCUCCCUCUUUCCAUCACCCCGCCCCAUUCUCCCUCUUUCCAUCACCCCGCUCCAUUCUUCCUCUUUCCAUCGCCCCACCCCAUUCUCCUGCUUUCCAUCGCCCCGCCCCAUUCUCCCUCUUUCCAUCACCCAGCCCCAUUCUCCCUCUUUCUAAAACCCAGCCCCAUUCUCCAUCUUUCCAUCACCCAGCCCCAUUCUCCCGCUUUCAAUCACCCCACCCCAUUCUCCCGCUUUCCAUCACCCCGCCCCAUUCUCCCGCUUUCCAUCACCCCGCCCCAUUCUCCCGCUCUCCAUCGCCCCGCCCCACUCUCCCGCUUUCCAUCGCCCCGCCCCAGUCUCCCGCUUUCCAUCACCCCGCCCCAUUCUCCCGCUUUCCAUCACCCCGGCCCAUUCUGCCUCUUCCCAUCGCCCCGCCCCAUUCUCUCUCUUUCCAUCACCCCGCCCCAUUCUCCCGCUUUCCAUCACCCCGCCUCAUUCUCCCUCUUUCCAUCGCCCCGCCCCAUUCUCCCGCUUUCCAUCGCCCCGCCCCAUUCUCCCUCUUUCCAUCACCCAACCCUAGUCUCCCUCUUUCCAUCACCCAGCCCCAUUCUCCCUCUUUCCAUCACCCCGCCCCAUUAUCCCUCUUUCCAUCACCCCGCCCCAUUCUCCCUCUUUCCAUCAACCCGCCCCAUUCUCCCUCUUUCCAUCACCCCGCCCCAUGCUCCCGCUUUCCAUCACCCUGCCCCAUUCUCCCUCUUUCGAUCGCCCCGCCCCAUUCUCCUUCUUUCCAUCACCCCGCCCCAUUCUCCCGCUUUCCAUCACCCCGCCCCAUUCUCCCUCUUUCCAUCGCCCCGCCCCAUUCUCCCUCUUUCCAUCACCCAGCCCCAUUCUCCCUCUUUCCAUCACCCAACCCCAUUCUCCCUCUUUCCAUCACCCCGCCCCAUUCUCCCUCUUUCCAUCACCCCGCCCCAUUCUCCCUCUUUCCAUCGCCCAGCCCCGUUCUCCCUCUUUCCAUUACCCCGCCCCGUUCUCCCUCUUUCCAUUACCCCGCCCCGUUCUCCCGCUUUCCAUCACCGCGCCCUAUUCUCCCGCUUUCCAUCACCCCGCCCCAUUCUCCCUCUUUCCAUCACCCCGCCUCAUUCUCCCUCUUUCCAUCACCCAGCCCCUUUCUCCCGCUUUCCAUCACCCCGCCCCAUUCUCCCGCUUUCCAUCACCCCGCCCCAUUCUCCCGCUUUCCAUCACCCCGCCCCAUUCUCCCGCUUUCCAUCACCCCGCCUCAUUCUCCCUCUUUCCAUCGCCCCGCCCCAUUCUCCCACUUUCAUUCUCCCCGCCCCAUUCUCCCGCUUUCCAUCACCCCGCCCCAUUCUCCCGCUUUCCAUCACCCCGCCCCAUUCUCCCGCUUUCCAUCACCCCGCCCCAUUCUCCCGCUUUCCAUCACCCCGCCCCAUUCUCCCGCUUUCCAUAACCCCGCCCCAUUCUCCCGCUUUAGAUCGCCCUGCCCCAUUCUCCCGCUUUCCAUCGCCCCGCCCCAAUCUCCCGCUUUCCAUCGCCCCGCCGCAUUCUCCCUCUUUCCAUCACCCCGCCCCAUUCUCCCUCUUUCCAUCACCCCGCCCCAUUCUCCCGCAUUCCAUCACCCCGCCCCAUUCUCCCGCUUUCCAUCACCCCGCCCCAUUCUCCCGCUUUCCAUCACCCCGCCCCAUUCUCCCGCUUUCCAUCACCCCGCCCCAUUCUCCCGCUUUCCAUCACCCCGCCCCAUUCUCCCGCUUUCCAUCACCCCGCCCCAUUCUCCCGCUUUCCAUCGCCCCGCCCCAUUCUCCCGCUUUCCAUCGCCCCGCCCCAAUCUCCCGCUUUCCAUCGCCCCGCCCCAAUCUCCCGCUUUCCAUCGCCCCGCCCCAAUAUCCCGCUUUCCAUCGCCCCGCCCCAUUCUCCCGCUUUCCAUCACCCCGCCCCAUUCUGCCUCUUCCCAUCGCCCCGCCCCAUUCUCUCUCUUUCCAUCACCCCGCCCCAUUCUCUCGCUUUCCAUCACCCCGCCUCAUUCUCCCUCUUUCCAUCGCCCCGCCCCAUUCUCCCGCUUUCCAUCGCCCGCCCCAUUCUCCCUCUUCCCAUCACCCAACCCCAUUCUCCCUCUUUCCAUCACCCAGCCCCAUUCUCCCUCUUUCCAUCACCCCGCCCCAUUCUCCCUCUUUCCAUCACCCCGCCCCAUUCUCCCUCUUUCCAUCACCCCGCCCCAUUCUCCCUCUUUCCAUCACCCCGCCACAUUCUCCCGCUUUCCAUCACCCCGCCCCAUUCCCCCUCUUUCGAUCGCCCCGCUUCAUUCUCCCUCUUUCCAUCACCCCGCCCCAUUCUCCCGCUUUCCAUCACCCCGCCCCAUUCUCCCUCUUUCCAUCGCCCCGCCCCAUUCUCCCUCUUUCCAUCACCCAGCCCCAUUCUCCCUCUUUCCAUCACCCAACCCCAUUCUCCCUCUUUCCAUCACCCCGCCCCAUUCUCCCUCUUUCCAUCACCCCACCCCAUUCUCCCUCUUUCCAUCACCCCGCCCCGUUCUCUCGCUUUCCAUCGCCCCGUCUCAUUCUCCCUCUUUCUAUUGCCCCGCCCCAUUCUCCCGCUUUCCAUCACCCCGCCCUAUUCUCUAUCUUUCCAUCACCCCGCCCCGUUCUCCCUCUUUCCAUUACCCCUCCCCGUUCUCCCGCUUUCCAUCGCCCCGCCCCAAUCUCCCGCUUUCCAUCGCCCCGCCGCAUUCUCCCUCUUUCCAUCACCCCGCCCCAUUCUCCCUCUUUCCAUCACCCCGCCCCAUUCUCCCGCUUUCCAUCACCCCCCUCCAUUCUCCCGCUUUCCAUCGCCCCGCCCCAUUCUCCCGCUUUCCAUCGCCCCGCCCCAAUCUCCCGCUUUCCAUCACCCCGCCGCAUUCUCUCUCUUUCCAUCACCCCGCCCCAUUCUGCCUCUUCCCAUCGCCCCGCCCCAUUCUCCCUCUUUCCAUCACCCCGCCCCAUUCUCCCGCUUUCCAUCACCCCGCUCCAUUCUUCCUCUUUCCAUCGCCCCGCCCCAUUCUCCUGCUUUCCAUCGCCCCGCCCCAUUCUCCCUCUUUCCAUCACCCAGCCCCAUUCUCCCUCUUUCUAAAACCCAGCCCCAUUUUCCCUCUUUCCAUCACCCAGCCCCAUUCUCCCUCUUUCCAUCACCCCGCCCCAUUCUCCCUCUUUCCAUCACCCUGCCCCAUUCUCCCGCUUUCCAUCACCCCGCCCCAUUCUCCCGCUUUCCAUCACCCCGCCCCAUUCCUGCUUUCCAUCACCCCGCCCCAUUCUCCUGCUUUCAAUCACCCCGCCCCAUUCUCCCGCUUUCCGUCACCCCGCCCCAUUCUCCCGCUUUCCAUCACCCCGCCCCAUUCUCCCGCUUUCCAUCGCCCCGCCCCACUCUCCCGCUUUCCAUCGCCCCGCCCCAAUCUCCCGCUUUCCAUCACCCCGCCCCAUUCUCCCGCUUUCCAUCACCCCUCCCCAUUCUGCCUUUUCCCAUCGCCCCGCCCCAUUCUCUCUCUUUCCAUCACCCCGCCCCAUUCUCCCGCCUUCCAUCGCCCCGCCUCAUUCUCCCUCUUUCCAUCGCCCCGCCCCAUUCUCCCGCUUUCCAUCGCCCCGCCCCAUUCUCCCUCUUUCCAUCACCCAACCCUAUUCUCCCUCUUUCCAUCACCCAGCCCCAUUCUCCCUCUUUCCAACACCCCGCCCCAUUCUCCCUUUUUCCAUCACCCCGCCCCAUUCUCCCUCUUUCCAUCAACCCGCCCCAUUCUCCCUCUUUCCAUCACCCCGCCCCAUGCUCCCGCUUUCCAUCACCCCGCCCCAUUCUCCCUCUUUCGAUCGCCCCGCCCCAUUCUCCUUCUUUCCAUCACCCCGCCCCAUUCUCCCUCUUUCCAUCGCCCCGCCCCAUUCUCCCUCUUUCCAUCACCCAGCCCCAUUCUCCCUCUUUCCAUCACCCAACCCCAUUCUCCCUCUUUCCAUCACCCCGCCCCAUUCUCCCUCUUUCCAUCACCCUGCCCCAUUCUCCCUCUUUCCAUCACCCCGCCCCGUUCUCUCGCUUUCUAUUGCCCCGCCCCAUUCUCCCGCUUUCCAUCACCCCGCCCCAUUCUCUAUCUUUCCAUCACCUCGCCCCGUUCUCCCUCUUUCCAUUACCCCGCCCUGUUCUCCCGCUUUCCAUCAUCCCGCCCCAUUCUCCCGCUUUCCAUCACCCCGCCCCAUUCUCCCUCUUUCCAUCACCCAGCCCCAUUCUCCCGCUUUCCAUCGCCCCGCCCCAUUCUUCCGUUUUCCAUCACUCCUCCUCAUUCUCCCUCUUUCCAUCACCCCGCCCCAUUCUCCCUCUUUCCAUCACCCCGCCCCAUUCUCCCGCUUUCCAUCACUCCGCCCCAUCUCCCUCUUUCCAUCACCCCGCCCCAUUAUCCCGCUUUCCAUUGCCCCGCCCCAUUCUCCCGCUUUCCAUCACCCUGCCCCAUUCUCCCGCUUUCCAUCACCCCGCCCCAUUCUCCCUCUUUCCAUCACCCCGCCCCAUUCUCCCACUUUCCAUCACCCCGCCCCAUUCUCCCUCUAUCCAUCACCCAGCCCCAUUAUCCCUCUUUCCACUACCCUGCCCCGUUCUCCCUCUUUCCAUCACCCCGCCCCCUUCUCCUGCUUUCCAUCUCCCCGCCCCAUUCUCCCGCUUUCCAUCACCCCGCCCCAUUCUCCCGCUUUCCAUCACCCCGCCCCAUUCUCGCGCUUUCAAUCACCCCGCCCCAUUCUCCCGCUUUCCAUCACCCCGCCCCAUUCUCCCGCUUUCCAUCACCCCGCCCCAUUCUCCCGCUUUCCAUCACCCAGCCCCAUUCCCCUUCUUUCAAACACCCCGCCCCAUUAUCCCGCUUUCCAUCACCCAGCCCCAUUCUCCCUCUUUCCAUCACCCAGCCCCAUUCUCCCUCUUCCCAUCACCCAGCCCCAUUCUCCCUCUUUCCAUCACCCCGCCCCAUUCUCCCAAUUUCCAUCACUCAGCCCCAUUCUCCCGCUUUCCAUCACCCCGCCCCAUUCUCCCGCUUUCCAUCGCCCUGCCCCAUUCUCCCGCUUUCCAUCGCCCCGCCCCAUUCUCCCUCUUUCCAUCACCCCGCCCCAUUCUCCCGCUUUCCAUCGCCCCGCCCCAUUCUCCCUCUUUCAAUCACCCCGCCCAUUCUCCCACUUUCCAUCACCCCGCACCAUUCUUUCUCUAUCCAUCACCCCGCCCCAUUCUCCCUCUUUCCAUUACCCUGCCCCGUUCUCCCUCUUUCCAUCACCACGCCCCAUUCUCCCUCUUUCCAUCACCCAGCCCCAUUCUCCUGCUUUCCAUCACCCCGCCCCGCUCUCCCUCUUUCCAUUUCCCCGCCCCGUUCUCCCGCUUUCCAUCACCCGCCCAUUUCUCCCACUUUCCAUCACCCCGCCCCAUUCUCCCUCUUUCCAUCACCCCACCCCAUUCUCCCUCUUUCCAUCACCCAGCCCCAUUCUCUCGCUUUCCAUCACCGCGCCCCAUUCUCCUGCUUUCCAUCACCCCGCCCCAUUCUCCCGCUUUCCAUCACCCCGCCCCAUUCUCCCGCUUUCCAUCACCCCGCCCCAUUCUCCCGCUUUCCAUCACCCCGCCCCAUCUCCUGCUUUCCAUCGCCCAGCCCCAUUCUCCCUCUUUUCAUCGCCCCGCCCCAUUCUUCCGCUUUCCAUCACCCCGCCCCAUUCUCCCUCUUUCCAUCACCCCGCUCCAUUCUCCCUCUUUCCAUCACCCCGCCCCAUUCUCCCGCUUUCCAUCACCCCGCCCCAUCUCCCUCUUUCCAUCACCCCACCCCAUUCUCCCGCUUUCCAUCACCCUGCCCCAUUCUCCCUCGUUCAAUCACCCCGCCCCAUUCUCCCUCUUUCCAUCACCCCGCCCCAUUCUCCCGCUUUCCAUCACCCGCCUCAUUCUCCCGCUUUCCAUCACCCCGCCCCAUUCUCCCGCUUUCCAUCACCCCGCCCCACUCUCCUGCUUUCCAUCACCCCGCCCCAUUCUCCCAUUUCCAUCACCCCACCCCAUUCUCCCGCUAUCCAUCACCCCGCCCCAUUCUCCCGCUUUUCAUCACCCCGCCCCAUUCUCCCGCUUUUCAUCACCCCGCCCCAUUCUCCCGCUUUCCAUCACCCCGCCCCAUUAUCCCGCUAUCCAUCACCCCGCCCCAUUCUCCCGCUUUUCAUCACCCCGCCCCAUUCUCCCGCUUUCCAUCACCCCGCCCCAUUCUCCCGCUUUCCAUCACCCCGCCCCAUCUCCCGCUUUCCAUCGCCCAGCCCCAUUCUCCCGCUUUCCAUCGCCCCGCCCCAUUCUUCCGCUUUCCAUCACCCCGCCCCAUUCUCCCUCUUUCCAUCGCCCCGCUCCAUUCUCCCUCUUUCCAUCACCCCGCCCCAUUCUCCCGCUUUCCAUCACCCCGCCCCAUCUCCCUCUUUCCAUCACCCCACCCCAUUCUCCCGCUUUCCAUCACCCCGCCCCAUUCUCCCUCGUUCAAUCACCCCGCCCCAUUCUCCCUCUUUCCAUCACCCCGCCCCAUUCUCCCGCUUUCCAUCACCCCGCCCCAUUCUCCCGCUUUCCAAAACUCCGCCCCAUUCUCCCGCUUUCCAUCACUCGCCCCAUUCUCCCGCUUUCCAUCACCCCGCCCCAUUCUCCCGCUUUCCAUCACCCCGCCCCACUCUCCUGCUUUCCAUCACCCCGCCCCAUUCUCCCAUUUCCAUCACCCCACCCCAUUCUCCCACUAUCCAUCACCCCGCCCCAUUCUCCCGCUUUUCAUCACCCCGCCCCAUUCUCCCGCUUUCCAUCGCCCAGCCCCAUUCUCUCGCUUUCCAUCGCCCCGCCCCAUUCUCCAGCUUUCCAUCACCCCGCCCCAUUCUCCCUCUUUCCAUCACCCCGCCCCACUCUCCCUCUUUCCAUCGCCACGCCCCAUUCUCCCUCAUUCCAUCGCCCCGCCCCAUUCUCCCACUUUCCAUCACCCCGCCCCAUUCUCCCUCUUUCCAUCACCCCGCCCCAUUCUCCCUCUUUCAAUCGCCCCGCCCCGUUCUCCCGCUUUCCAUCGCCCCGCCCCGUUCUCCCGAUUUCCAUCACCCGCCCCAUUCUCCCGCUUUCCAUCACCCCACCCCAUUCUCCGGCAUUCCAUCACCCCGCCCCACUCUCCCGCUUUCCAUCACCCCGCCCCAUUCUCCCGCUUUCCAUCACCCCGCCCCAUUCUCCCGCUUUCCAUCACCCCGCCGCAUUCUCCCUCUUUCCAUCGCCCCGCCCCAUUCUCCCUCUUUCCUUCGCCCCGCCCCAUUCUCCCGCUUUCCAUCGCCCCGCCCCAUUCUCCCGCAUUCCAUCACCCCGCCCCAUUCUCCCGCUUUCCAUCACCCAGCCCCAUUCCCCUUCUUUCAAAUACCCCGCCCCAUUAUCCCGCUUUCCAUCACCCAGCCCCAUUCUCCCUCUUUCCAUCACCCAGCCCCAUUCUCCCUCUUCCCAUCACCCAGCCCCAUUCUCCCUCUUUCCAUCACCCGCCCCAUGUCCCUCUUUCCAUCACCCCACCCCAUUCUCCUGCUCCAUCACCCCGCCCCAUUCUCUCUCGUUCAAUCACCCCGCCCCAUUCUCCCUCUUUCCAUCACCCCGCCCCAUUCUCCCGCUUUCCAUCACCCCGCCCCAUUCUCCCGCUUUCCAUAACUCCGCCCCAUUCUCCCACUUUCCAUCACCCGCCCCAUUCUCCCGCUUUCCAUCACCCCGCCCCAUUCUCCCGCUUUCCAUCACCCCGCCCAACUCUCCUGCUUUCCAUCACCCCGCCCCAUUCUCCCAUUUCCAUCACCCCACCCCAUUCUCCCGCUAUCCAUCACCCCGCCCCAUUUUCCCGCUUUUCAUCACCCCGCCCCAUUCUCCCGCUUUCCAUCGCCCAGCCCCAUUCUCUCGCUUUCCAUCGGCCCGCCCCAUUCUCCCGCUUUCCAUCACCCCGCUCCAUUCUCCCUCUUUCCAUCACCCCGCCCCACUCCCCCUCUUUCCAUCGCCACGCCCCAUUCUCCCUCAUUCCAUCGCCCCGCCCCAUUCUCCCACUUUCCAUCACCCCGCCCCAUUCUCCCUCUUUCCAUCACCCUGCCCCAUUCUCCCUCUUUCAAUCGCCCCGCCCCGUUCUCCCGCUUUCCAUCGCCCCGCCCCGUUCUCUCGAUUUCCAUCACCCGCCCCAUUCUCCCGCUUUCUAUCACCCCACCCCAUUCUCCCGCAUUCCAUCACCCCGCCCCACUCUCCCGCUUUCCAUCACCCCGCCCCAUUCUCCCGCUUUCCAUCACCCCGCCCCAUUCUCCCGCUUUCUAUCACCCCGCCUCAUUCUCCCUCUUUCCAUCGCCCCGCCCCAUUCUCCCUCUUUCCAUCGCCCCGCCCCAUUCUCCCGCUUUCCAUCUCCCCGCCCCAUUCUCCCCCUUUCCAUCGCCCCGCCCCAUUCUCCCGCUUUCCAUCACCCCGCCCCAUUCUCCCGCUUUCCAUCACCCAGCCCCAUUCCCCUUCUUUCAAACACCCCGCCCCAUUAUCCCGCUUUCCAUCACCCAGCCCCAUUCUCCCUCUUUCCAUCACCCAGCCCCAUUCUCCCUCUUCCCAUCACCCAGCCCCAUUCUCCCUCUUUCCAUCACCCCGCCCCAUUCUCCCUCUUUCCAUCACCCAGCCCCAUUCUCCCGCUUUCCAUCACCUCGCCCCAUUCUCCCGCUUUCCAUCGCCCCGCCCCAUUCUCCCGCUUUCCAUCGCCCCGCCCCAUUCUCCCACUUUCCAUCACCCCGCCCCAUUCUCCCGCUUUCCAUCGCCCCGCCCCAUUCUCCCUCUUUCAAUCACCCCGCCCCAUUCUCCCACUUUCCAUCACCCCGCACCAUUCUUUCUCUAUCCAUCACCCCGCCCCAUUCUCCCUCUGUCCAUCACCCAGCCCCAUUCUCCCUCUUUCCAUUACCCUGCCCCGUUCUCCCUCUUUCCAUCACCCCGCCCCAUUCUCCCUCUUUCCAUCACCCCGCCCCAUUCUCCCUCUUUCCAUCACCCAGCCCCAUUCUCCUGCUUUCCAUCACCCCGCCCCACUCUCCCUCUUUCCAUUACCCCGCCCCGUUCUCCCGCUUUCCAUCACCCGCCCCUUUCUCCCACUUUCCAUCACCCCGCCAAAUUCUCCCUCUUUCCAUCACCCCACCCCAUUCUCCCUCUUUCCAUCACCCAGCCCCAUUCUCCCGCUUUCCAUCACCGCGCCCCAUUCUCCCGCUUUCCAUCACCCCGCCCCAUUCUCCCGCUUUCCAUCACCCCGCCCCAUUCUCCCGCUUUCCAUCGCCCUGCCCCAUUCUCCCGCUUUCCAUCGCCCCGCCCCAUUCUCCCGCUUUCCAUCGCCCCGCCCCAUUCUCCCGCUUUCCAUCGCCCAGCCCCAUUCUCCCGCUUUCCAUCGCCCCGCCCCAUUCUUCCGCUUUCCAUCACCCCGCCCCAUUCUCCCUCUUUCCAUCACCCCGCUCCAUUCUCCCUCUUUCCAUCACCCCGCCCCAUUCUCCCGCUUUCCAUCACCCCGCCCCAUCUCCCUCUUUCCAUCACCCCACCCCAUUCUCCCGCUUUCCAUCACCCCGCCCCAUUCUCCCUCGUUCAAUCACCCCGCCCCAUUCUCCCUCUUUCCAUCACCCCGCCCCAUUCUCCUGCUUUCCAUCGCCCCGCCCCAUUCUCCCGCUUUCCAUAACUCCGCCCCAUUCUCCCGCUUUCCAUCACCCGCCCCAUUCUCCCGCUUUCCAUCACCCCGCCCCAUUCUCCCGCUUUCCAUCACCCCGCCCCACUCUCCUGCUUUCCAUCACCCCGCCCCAUUCUCCCAUUUCCAUCACCCCACACCGUUCUCCCGCUAUCCAUCACCCCGCCCCAUUCUCCCGCUUUUCAUCACCCCACCCCAUUCUCCCGCUUUCCAUCGCCGAGCCCCAUUCUCUCGCUUUCCAUCGCCCCGCCCCAUUCUCCCGCUUUCCAUCACCCCGCCCCAUUCUCCCUCUUUCCAUCACCCCGCCCCACUCUCCCUCUUUCCAUCGCCACACCCCAUUAUCCCUCAUUCCAUCACCCCGCCCCAUUCUCCCACUUUCCAUCACCCCGCCCCAUUCUCCCACUUUCCAUCACCCCGCCCUAUUCUCCCUCUUUCAAUCGCCCCGCCCCAUUCUCCCGCUUUCCAUCGCCCCGCCCCGUUCUCCCGAUUUCCAUCACCCGCCCCAUUCUCCCGCUUUCCAUCACCCCACCCCAUUCUCCCGCAUUCCAUCACGCCGCCCCACUCUCCCGCUUUCCAUCACCCGCCCCAUUCUCCCGCUUUCCAUCACCCCGCCCCAUUCUCCCGCUUUCCAUCACCCCGCCCAACUCUCCUGCUUUCCAUCACCCCGCCCCAUUCUCCCAUUUCCAUCACCCCACCCCAUUCUCCCGCUAUCCAUCACCCCGCCCCAUUUUCCCGCUUUUCAUCACCCCGCCCCAUUCUCCCGCUUUCCAUCGCCCAGCCCCAUUCUCUCGCUUUCCAUCGGCCCGCCCCAUUCUCCCGCUUUCCAUCACCCCGCUCCAUUCUCCCUCUUUCCAUCACCCCGCCCCACUCCCCCUCUUUCCAUCGCCACGCCCCAUUCUCCCUCAUUCCAUCGCCCCGCCCCAUUCUCCCACUUUCCAUCACCCCGCCCCAUUCUCCCUCUUUCCAUCACCCUGCCCCAUUCUCCCUCUUUCAAUCGCCCCGCCCCGUUCUCCCGCUUUCCAUCACCCCGCCCCGUUCUCUCGAUUUCCAUCACCCGCCCCAUUCUCCCGCUUUCUAUCACCCCACCCCAUUCUCCCGCAUUCCAUCACCCCGCCCCACUCUCCCGCUUUCCAUCACCCCGCCCCAUUCUCCCGCUUUCCAUCACCCCGCCCCAUUCUCCCGCUUUCUAUCACCCCGCCUCAUUCUCCCUCUUUCCAUCGCCCCGCCCCAUUCUCCCUCUUUCCAUCGCCCCGCCCCAUUCUCCCGCUUUCCAUCUCCCCGCCCCAUUCUCCCCCUUUCCAUCGCCCCGCCCCAUUCUCCCGCUUUCCAUCACCCCGCCCCAUUCUCCCGCUUUCCAUCACCCAGCCCCAUUCCCCUUCUUUCAAACACCCCGCCCCAUUAUCCCGCUUUCCAUCACCCAGCCCCAUUCUCCCUCUUUCCAUCACCCAGCCCCAUUCUCCCUCUUCCCAUCACCCAGCCCCAUUCUCCCUCUUUCCAUCACCCCGCCCCAUUCUCCCUCUUUCCAUCACCCAGCCCCAUUCUCCCGCUUUCCAUCACCUCGCCCCAUUCUCCCGCUUUCCAUCGCCCCGCCCCAUUCUCCCGCUUUCCAUCGCCCCGCCCCAUUCUCCCACUUUCCAUCACCCCGCCCCAUUCUCCCGCUUUCCAUCGCCCCGCCCCAUUCUCCCUCUUUCAAUCACCCCGCCCCAUUCUCCCACUUUCCAUCACCCCGCACCAUUCUUUCUCUAUCCAUCACCCCGCCCCAUUCUCCCUCUGUCCAUCACCCAGCCCCAUUCUCCCUCUUUCCAUUACCCUGCCCCGUUCUCCCUCUUUCCAUCACCCCGCCCCAUUCUCCCUCUUUCCAUCACCCCGCCCCAUUCUCCCUCUUUCCAUCACCCAGCCCCAUUCUCCUGCUUUCCAUCACCCCGCCCCGCUCUCCCUCUUUCCAUUACCCCGCCCCGUUCUCCCGCUUUCCAUCACCCGCCCCUUUCUCCCACUUUCCAUCACCCCGCCCAAUUCUCCCUCUUUCCAUCACCCCACCCCAUUCUCCCUCUUUCCAUCACCCAGCCCCAUUCUCCCGCUUUCCAUCACCGCGCCCCAUUCUCCCGCUUUCCAUCACCCCGCCCCAUUCUCCCGCU